AUGAGCGCCGAAGAAGAGCAAUUCGAGGACAGCACCAUGGGUGGCCCCGGAGCCCCCACUCCCGUGUCUGCGCUUGAGGGAGUCAAUGGGUUGACUGCACGCGACAUCAAGUUGAUUGUCGAGGGCGGCUUCAACACCGUAGAGUCGAUUGCCUACACGCAGACCACGGCGAGCACUCGAACAAAUAAAGGGCAUUUCGGAACAGAAGGCUUCGAAAUUGCUUGCAGAGGGUAUGUGGAAAUGAUGCGGCUCUAUCGCCUGUCGCUUACAUUAAUAGCAUCCAAACUCGUCCCUAUGGGCUUCACCACGGCGACCGAGAUGCACUCCCGCCGCAGCGAAUUGAUCUCCAUUACGACCGGCUCAAAACAACUGGACACACUUCUGGCAGGAGGUAUCGAAACAGGCUCCAUAACGGAGAUAUUCGGAGAGUUCCGAACGGGAAAGAGUCAGAUCUGUCAUACCCUAGCCGUUACCUGCCAGCUGCCGUUUGACAUGGGGGGUGGUGAGGGCAAAUGCUUGUACAUCGACACUGAGGGUACCUUCCGUCCAGUCCGAUGUCUGGCCGUCGCGAAUCGAUUCGGACUCUCAGGCGAAGAAGUUCUGGAUAAUGUUGCUUAUGCGCGCGCAUACAACUCGGAUCAUCAGUUGGAGCUGCUCAACCAGGCCGCACAGAUGAUGACGGAAACACGGUUCUCGCUGCUCGUUGUCGAUUCCGCCACCGCACUGUACCGUACAGAUUUCGCUGGACGUGGAGAGCUCUCUGCCAGACAAACGCAUUUGGCCAAGUUUAUGCGUACGCUGCAACGGCUUGCGGACGAGUUUGGUAUCGCCGUUGUAAUCACGAAUCAAGUCGUCGCGCAAGUGGACGGUGGACCAAGUGCCAUGUUCAAUCCCGACCCCAAGAAGCCUAUCGGAGGUAACAUCAUUGCACACGCAAGUACGACUCGUCUCAGUCUGAGAAAGGGCAGGGGAGAGACGCGUGUGUGCAAGAUCUACGACAGUCCAUGCCUGCCCGAGAGCGAUUGCUUGUUUGCCAUUAACGAAGACGGUAUUGGCGACCCCAAGGAGAAGGACCUGGAGGAGAGGAACAACAGGUGA